AUGCUCCGGGAUGGCGCUGCUCCCCUCCCCCGGGCCUCCGGGAAGGGCAGUUCAGCUAAUGCCGGGGAUGACACAACAGGCCCGGCCCUGAAGCUGCCGAGGGGCCCAGUGCCACGCCAGCCCGCGCCCGCCUCCCCGGCGCCCCCUGAAAGAGCGGAGGGGCCCCGGGUACCUAGUUUGUCCCGAUGCGGCCUCCGCAGACGCUCCGUGCCUCCCCUCCUCCCGGCAGCAGCCGCCUCUCUUCCCUUCAAUUAUCAGCUGAAGCCGCAGCACCGAGCAGCGCCUCGUCUGCCGCCUCCGCCGCCGAUCCCCUUCCAGCGGCGAGAGGGGGAGGCUGGGGGACUACUUUCUCCGGUCGCCGGGGCCCCGCCGGGGCCUCCCGCGCCCCCUAGGCCGAAGGGCGGCCCCUACCCCGGCUUCCGCCCCCCUACCGCAGCCCUCGGCUGCGGCCGUGUGCGUGCCCCGCUCGCUGCGUUCGGCGGGGUCGGCGUCGGGCGAAACAAAAAGGGAGUUUGUGGCUGCAUGGUGGAUUUUUAUGGAGGCUCCCAUGUUUCCGAGUCUUGCCCUGCUUUGAAUAAGUCUACUCGGGCUUUACGUGAGGAGUUCCUUCAGGCUGAAGUUACCAGUUUACCAGUGCUACCUCUGGAUUUAUGCAGAUGCUAGAUUCUAUCCAUAAGAUUUUGAGAAGAUUUGGGAAUUCCUUGGUCAUGCUGCAAUACUAAAGAUAUAAUCCAGCACAAGGACCCAACUGACACAGGAAAAUUGGACUUUUAGCAACUGAAAUGCAAUUUGUGAUGUGUUUCAGUAGCCAUGUUGGUAUUUCAGAGUUUUCUUUAUUGGUGGAUCAAGGUUUCUCUGCAGAAGACGUCAUGUACAGCAGUUAAGUGGUGGUUUUUUCCUUCUCAAAAAAAUCAAUUAAUUCUGAUUUUGGGUUGUUGUUUUGCUUCCCCAUGAACAUUAAUAAAGGCUUAACCCUGUAAAACAUCCAUUUAUAAAUUUGAAAUAAGAAAUAUAACUGAUCUUGAGUCAUUAAAUGGUUAUUACUUGUGAAGUUCAAUUGUUUGUGAGCCUAAGAUAAUUCAGUAUUUCCAUGUGGGGUUAUGAAAUUCCUUUUUCAAUAAUGAUUGAGCUGUUAUUUGAAGAUGCAUUGUAAUAUUCUCAUAGC